AUGGUGCGCGUCUAAUAGAAUUCUUGGCGGGGAAAGACUGAGAGACAAGAAGGCCAGCGCCUCCCACCCUGGAGAAUACGUUGUUGGAAGAGUAUUUUGGUGUCCUAGAGGACUGUACUGACUGUUUAUCUAUGUGAGAUCGCUCCGUCGAGAAGCUGUGGAUAGGCGAUGCCUCGAGGUAGAAAGACCCGUACUCCGGUGAGGAGCGAGAGUCCGACGGCAGGAGGGAGUGAUGGAGACUUGGAUGAGGAUAUAGUGGAGCAACUCCUGUCAUCCAUCCGGAGGAUCAAAGGCCAGAAGCAGAGACCUGGUGAAGAGAGGAUAUGCUCUACCAUGAACAUAAGGUACGGUGUGUCACCAGAAGUUUCUCUAAUGAUGCUGGAGAAGGCAGUUCAGAGCAACCGUAUCAUAAAGCUAAUCAACAAGGGGCUGCCCUCCUACCGAGACCCAGACACCCUCUCUGUCUCCCGUAGUGUCCUCAACUCGGCCGAUCUGGUCCGCAUGAUCAGAAAGAGCAUCCUCAAAAUCAACUUAGAGGGAGCGACGCUGCGCGAAAUAGAGGCCCAGAUCUGUUCCGAGUACGGUCUUGUUCAGGGUACAGAGGUCAUGGACCAGUUGAAGGCCUCAGUGACCAAGCAGCUGGAACAGGGUGCACUUGAGAAGCAUGGGCGCCUCCUUCGAGUCCCCGUCUUCCCCUUGGAAGUUUUCCCCGAACCGAAAGUGAAACCGAGUGCCAUCUGUAGUUUCUGUCUCGGGACUGCGGAGAGGAACCGACAGGGUAAGCAGGAGGACCUCUUGUCGUGCCACGAGUGCGGGAACAGCGGGCAUCCCACGUGUCUGCAGUACACGCCGGCACUCGUGACGCGGAUCCGUGCCGAGCCCUGGCUCUGUCUGGAGUGCAAGAGGUGCGUGCAGUGCGACCAGGCGGCUAAUGCGGACGACUUGCUAAUCUGUGACAGCUGUGACAAGGGAUUCCACAUGGAUUGCCUGGACCCACCGGUGAGUGGGCUCCCUGAGGGGCGUUGGAUAUGUCCCAUCUGUGUCCCCCCUCCCAAUCGACGACGAGGAAUGAACAAGUCCGGCGGGUCGCACUUCCUCACUCCGAAACGACCCCGCAAGACGGCUGGUUACUACAGCGACUACGAUGGAUACACUCCACUGCCAAAGAAGAGAAAAAAGAGCGGUAUGGACGGUGUGGAUUUCGACGAGCUGUUGGAGCCCAUGAUUCAGCCGCAGCUCCCUCCUGGAGUAACAGAGAGUGAUCUGGAGCUCUUCAAGAAGGCUCAGGAGAGAGCCAUGGCUUCCAUGGCCACCUCCAUCAACGGCAAGACGCUAGACCCCACCGCACGCUCCCCGCCAAUGAUCGAGUUUGGCAAGUACGAAAUGAAGACCUGGUACUCUUCCCCUUACCCGCAAGAGUACGCUAUCCUACCGAAACUGGUACUCUGUGAGUUUUGCCUCAAGUACAUGAAGAGUCGGACAAUCCUCAAGACCCACAGAGCCAAGUGUCAGUGGUUCCACCCACCGGGGAACGAGAUUUAUCGCAAGUGUGAGCUCUCCGUCUUUGAGGUAGACGGAAUGGCAAGCAAGAUCUAUUGCCAGAACCUCUGCCUCUUGGCCAAGCUUUUCCUCGAUCAUAAGACGCUUUACUACGACGUGGAACCGUUUCUCUUCUACGUGCUCACGAAAAACGACCGAAAAGGCUGCCACUUGGUGGGUUACUUCUCAAAGGAGAAGUCGUGCCAGCAGAAGUACAACGUUUCGUGCAUCAUGACCAUGCCACAGUACCAGCGGCAGGGCUUUGGUAGGUUUCUUAUUGACUUCAGUUACCUCCUCUCCCGUGUGGAGAACCAGCCUGGAUCGCCCGAGAAGCCACUCUCCGAUCUCGGUCGCAUCAGCUACCACAGCUACUGGAAGAGCGUGAUCAUGGAAUACCUCUACAACACAAGUUUGCCUCGGAUCAGCAUCCGCACCAUCAGCCAAGAUCUGGGCAUGGAUCCGCACGACGUGGCGGCCACUCUCCAGAUGGUGAACAUGAUUCGGUUGAAAGAAGACGGGGGAGUAGCCAUCGUCAAAGACAUGACGGUGCUUGAGGCGCACAUGGAAAAGGUGCGGAACAGCAUACGGAUCGAGUUGGACUCCGAGGCUCUCCACUGGUCUCCACUUGUCCAGUCGGGCGGCGAUACCACCACUGCCACGGAGGACACAGAGGAAGAAGAAGUGGAAGGCAACCCUGAGGUGAAAGAUGAUUCGAAACCAGUGGAGGAAGGUAGGGAAGCUGACGGUGAAGAUGAGGAAGAGGAAGAGGAGGAGGAGGAGGGGAAAAAGGAGAAGGAGAGUGGAGUCGAAGAAAGGAAAGAGGAAGGGGAGACUGAACCGAAGAGGAAGCGAACAAGGAGACGAAGAAGAGACUACCCAAUGGGCCCGCAGCGACGGUCGACACACAGAGCUAAUGCCACUCCCACCAACAGACCGGUACAGAGGAGAGAACGGGAGCGACCGGCUGUGAUUGAAACAGCCAUCAGACGCAGCACGCGCCAGAGAAAGGGGCGACCGACAUGGGUCCCGAGAAAAGGGGCCCCGAUGUUUUCUCGACAUGCGGAAGCCUACUUGCGUGCAGUCGCCACUCCGUUCAACUUCUCCGACCCGGUCUCUGCACGCACUCGGUCUCAGAACGUCAUCAAGAUAGAGCGAGGCAAGCUGUUUCACCUGGGACUGAGCAACUUUGAGCCCCUACGCCGGCAAACCACUAGUUCCAGUGGGGAUGAAGCCCUCGUCCCAGCUGGCAGACAAAAAUCGGAGACUGCCAAUGGCGGAGAGGAUUCAGUGGUUCCGACCAGCAAAGACUCUGUUCCUUUGACUCGCAGCAGUAGCAGGCGACGUGCCGCUUCCCCCAAGAAGAAGAGGGGUACAGGUGAGGAGGGUCAUUCGUCGGAGGAAUCCGAUAAUGUACUAGUCUCCCCCGAGAGACUCCGGCCUCCAGCGAGAUUGGAGUACUCCGAAUCUGACUCCGAAAGCUCCGGGAGCGACUCGGAAAACUCUGACAGCAGUUCAGAAUCCUCUUCCGCCGAAACCCCCACAAAACCUGCCUUGUCCACCGACGCCCCUACUGAGGAGAAGAUUGCGAAGGAACCACAAGGAAGAGAGAGGUACAACACGCGUGGUGCACAGGCGUGCAUCCAGUCUGAGGCAGAGAAGGCUCCGCUGGGACUGCUACACGAGGCUUCAGACGUAGAGGAGUUUGACGAGAGCGAAUCGAGUGAGGAAGAACCAGAGAGGGGACCGGUCACCAGAAACAGCUCUAAGGCCAAGGGAUCGUCGAAAGAACACACGCCAGGUUCCUCGCCACGUCUCAGAGAUGAGCAGACUUCACCUGAGAUCAAUGUGACCGAUGAGCUGUCACCAAGGCAAUUUCGAGCCAGUCCUCUCAUUGUCUCGCUCCCUAUUGCGCAACUCACGCGAUCCAAGCUGCACCAGGACAUCCUUACUCCUUCCCCUGAGCCUACCAGACAAACUGCAGUUGCUACGCCACUACAAACAGCACCAGAAGCUGCUGUCCACCAGCCCAAACUUAGUCCUCCUCCUGUUGUUUCAGUGGGAGAGACAGAGGAUCUACCCAUUGACGUGACUGCAACACCAGGAUUUCCCCCAAUCCAACCCAGUCACCAGAUAAACCCCGCCACGUCUAAUCCUGUCCUCCCAGAAUUCAUGCCUUCCCUGCCACCUCAGUUACCUUCCCAGCCACCUCAGUUACCUUCCCUGCCACCUCAGUUA